GCUUUCUCCAUUUUUUCCUAGAUACAUUAUGCUUUGAGCUGUUGUUAAAGAUAUUAUCAGGAUUCUGAGGUGCCAAUAAGGGAAAUGGGCGUUAGUAUGGAGCUGGACGAGCAGGUUCGCGGCGAAGACGAUUGGGACCAUGGAACAAACUGGCAAGGCCUCGGACUCACUGAUCCCAUCAAGAGAGUUGAGGACAAGUGGCUCCUUCUUCCGGCGUUCCUGAAGGUCAAGGGACUCGUCAAGCAGCACCUUGACUCAUUCAACUAUUUCGUGGACGUCGAUAUUAAGAACAUCGUCAAAGCAAAUAACAAAGUCACUUCCGAUGUAGAUCCACGAUUCUGGCUCAAAUAUACCGAUAUCCAAGUCGGUUUCCCUGAUCGGACGGACGUCGAUGCGGUAGACCGGAGCGUUACUCCCCACGAAUGUCGUUUACGCGAUACGACUUACAGUGCACCCAUUCUCGUUACGAUCCAAUAUACUCGUGGAAAACAAGUUGUGCUACGGAAGAAUGUGAACAUCGGCAGAUUGCCUAUUAUGCUUCGUAGCAACAAAUGCGUCUUGACCGGGAGGACAGAAGCUCAACUUGCGCGAAUGACGGAGUGUCCUUUGGAUCCGGGUGGUUAUUUCGUAGUGAAAGGUACCGAGAAGGUUAUCUUGGUGCAGGAACAAUUGAGCAAAAACCGUAUCAUUGUCGAACACGAUCCGGUUAAAGGCGUUGUUCAGGCUUCUUGUACAUCUUCGACUCAUGGAGGACUUAAAUCAAAGACUUAUGUUGCGACGAAGAAAGAGAGGCUCUACUUGCGCCAUAAUUGCUUCCACGAAGAUAUUCCAAUCGUUAUUGCACUAAAAGCACUCAGCAUACAAUCUGACAAGGAGAUCUUACUUCUCACUGCUGGUAAUACGGAAGCGUACAAAUCUACCUUCUCUCCAAACCUGGAGGAAGCAGCAAAAAUUGGCGUUUUCACAAAGCAUCAAGCUCUUGAAUACAUCGGAAGUCGCGUCAAGGUAAACCGUCGUGUUAUCGGACCACGUCGGCCCGCUUGGGAAGAAGCAAUGGAAGCACUGGCAACUAUCGUCCUCGCACACGUUCCAGUAAACAAUUUGGAUUUCCGGCCAAAAGCGAUUUUCAUCGCGACAAUGACACGUCGUGUGCUUAUGUGUCUGGCUGAUGAGAAGAUGGUGGAUGAUCGAGACUAUGUCGGGAAUAAACGACUUGAGCUAGCGGGCCAACUACUCGCGCUCCUCUUUGAAGACUUGUUCAAGACAUUCAACACCAAUCUCAAGUCUGCGAUUGACAAAGUCCUGAAGAAGCCGUCGCGGACCUCUGAGUUUGAUGCAUUCAAUACAAUGCAGUUUCAAGGCGAUCACAUCACGGCAGGAUUUGUGCGCGCAAUCUCGACGGGUAACUGGUCGCUCAAGCGUUUCAAGAUGGAACGAGCGGGAGUUACACAUGUUUUGAGUCGACUGAGCUACAUCAGUGCACUUGGCAUGAUGACACGUAUAUCAUCGCAGUUCGAAAAGACGCGAAAAGUUAGUGGUCCACGUGCUCUACAGCCAAGUCAAUGGGGUAUGCUUUGCCCGAGUGAUACACCGGAAGGAGAGGCAUGUGGCUUGGUGAAGAACUUAGCUUUGAUGACGCAUAUUACCACUGAUGUCGAAGAAGAACCACUGAUUCGUCUUGUACACGCUUUGGGAGUUGAAGAUAUUUGCCUCGCGACCGGUGCGGAGAUCUAUGGACAAAACUCAUUCGUCGUUCACGUUAAUGGCGCAAUUAUCGGUAUCACGCGUUACCCGUCUCGUUUCGUACAGAACUUCCGCCGAUUACGUCGAGCCGGCCGAUUCAGCGAGUUUGUCAGUAUUUACAUUAAUCACCACCACAAAGCCGUGUACAUUGCCAGUGAUGGUGGACGUAUCUGCCGUCCAAUGAUUAUCGUUGAAAACUCCCGACCAAAAGUUACUAGUCAACACAUAAUCGACUUGAAAAAGCAGCUACUCACCUUUGACGACUUCUUACGACGAGGCCUCGUUGAAUACCUUGAUGUAAACGAGGAAAAUGAUUCUUACAUUGCCCUAUACGAAGAUAUGAUUGUACCAACGACAACGCAUCUCGAGAUCGAACCCUUCACCAUCCUCGGUGCCGUUGCUGGCCUCAUUCCUUAUCCUCAUCACAAUCAAUCGCCACGAAAUACGUAUCAAUGUGCCAUGGGAAAGCAGGCUAUAGGCGCCAUUGCAUACAAUCAACUCAACCGUAUCGACACUCUUUUAUACCUUAUGGUGUAUCCACAACAACCGAUGGUCAAGACUAAAUCAAUUGAGCUAGUGGGAUACGAUAAGCUUCCUGCCGGUCAAAAUGCCACCGUUGCGGUGAUGAGUUAUUCGGGAUAUGAUAUCGAAGAUGCGUUGAUUCUUAACAAGGCAAGCUUAGAUCGUGGAUAUGGACGAUGUCAAGUGAUGCGCAAGAACGCUACUCUUAUACGCAAGUAUCCGAAUGGAACUUAUGACCGUCUUGCCGAUGCACCCCUGGACGAGAACGGUCGAGUCCAAAAGAAAUACGACAUCAUCCAAUCCGAUGGCCUCGCAGGAGUCGGCGAACGAGUCGACCCAGGGGACGUCUACGUCAACAAACAAACACCGUCUAACGCAAACGAUAACACCUUCACAGGGCAAGCCGCAGGUGUCGCUUACAAGAACACACCGAUGACGUAUAAGUCGCCUGUCCCAGGUAACAUUGACAAGGUGAUGCUUACGGAUACGGAGAACGACCAGACGCUUGUGAAGGUUCUCAUCCGACAGACGCGGAGACCAGAACUUGGGGAUAAGUUCUCGUCUAGGCACGGGCAGAAGGGUGUUUGUGGACUGAUCGUGAAUCAGGAGGACAUGCCGUUUAAUGAUGAUGGGAUAUCACCUGAUUCGAUUAUGAACCCACAUGGAUUCCCAUCUCGUAUGACGGUUGGGAAGAUGAUUGAAUUAUUGGCCGGUAAAGCUGGCGUUCUUGACGGAAAGCUACAAUAUGGGACCGCAUUCGGAGGUUCGAAAGUCGAAGACAUGUCAAAAAUCCUCAUCGAGAGGGGGUUUAAUUACGCUGGGAAGGAUAUGUUGACCAGUGGCAUAACCGGAGAGCAGAUGGAGGCAUACGUAUAUUUCGGGCCUAUCUAUUACCAAAAACUAAAACAUAUGGUCAUGGACAAGAUGCACGCUCGAGCACGUGGACCCCGAGCAACUCUCACACGUCAACCCACGGAAGGUCGCUCCCGCGAAGGUGGGCUUCGCCUAGGUGAGAUGGAGCGUGAUUGUCUCAUUGGAUACGGCGCCACGCAACUUCUUCUCGAGCGGCUCAUGCUUUCCUCCGACAAGUUCGAGGUACAUGCAUGUGAGAUGUGCGGGUUGAUGGGGUACAAUGGGUGGUGUCCAUAUUGUAAGAGCUCGAAAGGGAUGGCGAAGUUAGUCAUCCCAUACGCUGCGAAGCUGUUGUUCCAGGAGUUGAUGGCGAUGAACGUUGUCCCGCGCCUUAUACUCGAUGAUGCCUCGUAGCUUUCAGAGCCUUCUAGUUUUACUGCUAGGUAACGCUUGCAGUGGCCUGACAGGAUCAAUCACUAGACAAGCAGCAACAGGGAGCGAAGCUGUACGGAGCGGAAAUCUUUAAGUCCCGAGUUUUGAAGAUGCCUUCCUAAUGAACAACGCGGAAGGCAAGUCCAUGAGCAAGUUGCCGAUUUGAUAUCCUAACGCAGUUUGGAGAAGUUGGUUGCAUGGGAGGCAUUGUGUUGAGGUGAUAUCUUUUAGAUCAACAAUGUAUGAUCUGCAGCUUUGUAGCGAUGCGGCAUCAGAUGUACACUUCCUGUGUUCCUGAACAGAGAUAAAAUCUGUUCUAUCCCUAGUGACAACGUAUCUAUCUAACACGACAACCA